AUGGCUGACACAUGCCAGGGCAAUGAGAUCAACAUCCAAGGUCUCUACCUGCACCACACCUGCCUAGGCCCAAACGCCAACCAGGCAGCGGUCAUCGAUGGCAAGUUAGCCGCUAACAACUGGACCGUGUACGAUGGCCCAGGACCUAAUGCAAAGCUUGUUGCACGGGCACAGGGCCUUCACAUUGAUGCUGGCAACUGGCACAAUUCAUUCAGCCUAGUGUUCGAGAAUGGAAGGUUCAGCGGAUCCGCACUACAGGUGAUGGGAAUAGUCGUUGAAUGAGGUGAGUGGGCUAUUGUUGGGGCCGGAGAGUUUGCUAUGGCAACUGUAGUCAUCUACAAAAGGUUUCAUCAACAGAACGACGACGGAAACAUUAUGGAACUUACGAUCAAAGGGUUCUGCCCAGUUCUCAAGGGGAGUCUCAGUUUCAGGGGGAAGAUUGGACCAUGGGGUGGAAAUGGAGGGUCAGCUCAGGACAUCACGGAGCUACCAAAGCGCCUGGAAAGUGUCGCUAUCAUGAGUGGCGACGCUAUUGACUCGAUUAAAUUUUCAUACAUCGACCAAGCUGGCCAGAAGCGCACUGCAGGUCCAUGGGGUGGUUCUGGUGGCUGGCCUCACACGAUCGAGAUUGGCGCCUCUGAGAUUGUGAAGGAAAUCUCAGGAACAAUUGGGAGUUUUGAUGGUGCGACUGUUAUAACUUCAUUUAAACUUGUCACCGACAGCCAGACCUUUGGGCCUUGGGCGAUAGAGAACGGGACUCCAUUCAGGGUACCUGUGCAGAGCGGCAGUGGCAUCGUGGGAUUUUUUGCGCGCGCUGGGAAGUACCUUGAUGCGAUUGGUAUUCAUGUGCAGCAAGUCUGA